AUGGUUAAACGAAGGGCCUUCAUCCUCUUGUCGCCAUGUAGCAAGGUUGUGCUGUUCAUUUCCGUCGCCACAGGGAUGUUGGCUGUCUCACGUGGAGCUACCAUACCCGAAUCAACAUGCGAGCUCGGGGGUACAUCGUCCAUACUUCAACAAGGCCCACACUUCAACAAAGAUCAUUAUAUAUUCGACCUCCAUGACAUCUUCAAUCUAAAGGUAGAUGUGUCAGCUUAUCCUGACGAGGUGUGUGAUGGGAGUGUACAAAUAAUAAACGUCAACCUGAUGAGAUGGCCUAACCUGACAGUGACCCCCAUGCCACCAUCGUCGAAUAUAAAAUUCUUCUACAAGCCUAACCCUGGACUACACACGUAUGGAUAUUUUAGCAAAAUACACUAUUCUAAACCCAUAUUGGAAGGACGUAGUAUCAUCAACUUUAACAUUUCUGUGAAUGAUAAAAACUACUCACAUUCAGCUUUGAUUAGUUUUAAGAGCUCCAAGAAUUCAUGGUGUCAAGUGACGAAAAAGGAACCAGACGCAACAGGAGUCAUUAGGGCGAAUGUUUAUUGUGAUUACCCAAAACACAACACUCAAAUCCAGUACAUAAAGUUGCUGGAUCCCGAGUUCAAUGAUUUUUUAAAGAUUGAGGCUGGUGGAAUAAUUUUAAUAAUGCCGAAGAUUCUACAGUUGGGCUCGGGCAAGCACGGAUUCAAAUUCCAAGUGAAUUAUAUUGUCCAGCGAGUUGGUGAAUUUGCCUCAACGCUGGAAGUUUACCUAGACCUUGCUUCAAGAAACGUGUCCAAUAGCCCUACAACGUCAUUUAGCUUCUCAGAUACAAUACAAACAAUUUCGUACUCAAAAACAAGAUCGUUAUUAUCAACAUUGACAACAGACACAAAUAUAAUCUUACCUUCCCCACAAAGUACAUUUACAUUCCUCACAAAUGGCUUCACGACAGACACAAAUAUAAUCUCACCUUCCCCACAAAGUACAUUUACAUUCCUCACAAAUGGCUUCACGACAGACACAAAUAAAAUCUCACCUACCCCACAAAGUACAUUUACAUUCCUCACAAAUGGCAUCAUGACAGACACAAAUAUAAUCUCACCUUCCCCCCAAAGUACAUUUACAUUCCUCAUAAAUGGCUUCACGACAGACACAAAUAUAAUCUCACCUUCCCCACAAAGUACAUUUACAUUCCUCACAAAUGGCUUCACGACAGACACAAAUAAAAUCUCACCUACCCUACAAAGUACAUCUACAUUCCUCACAAAUGGCUUCACGACAGACACAAAUAUAAUCUCACCUACCCCACAAAGUACAUCUACAUUCCUCACAAAUGGCUUCACGACAGACACAAAUAAAAUCUCACCUACCCCACAAAGUACAUCUACAUUCCUCACAAAUGGCAUCACGACAGACACAAAUAUAAUCUCACCUACCCCACAAAGUACAUCUACAUUCCUCACAAAUGGCUUCACGACAGACACAAAUAAAAUCUCACCUACCCCACAAAGUACAUCUACAUUCCUCACAAAUGGCUUCACGACAGACACAAAUAAAAUCUCACCUACCCUACAAAGUACAUCUACAUUCCUCACAAAUGGCUUCACGACAGACACAAAUAAAAUCUCACCUACCCUACAAAGUACAUCUACAUUCCUCACAAAUGGCUUCACGACAGACACAAAUAAAAUCUCACCUACCCUACAAAGUACAUUUAUAUUCCUCACAAAUGGCAUCACGACAGACACAAAUCUAAUCUCUUUUUUAUCAAGCUCCUUAACUUCUUUUGACGUCAAUCAAAAUUUUAAUAUUUUAGGAUCAUUAGAAAUCACAUUGAUUGUUGUCGCUGUCAUAAUUACACUAAUUGUGAUGCUAGCCGGAUUGUAUUGUUGCUGUAUGAAGUGGCUAUGUCUGGGUGUAGCAGGUCAUUCUGACAACUCCUUUAAUGCCAGAGAGAGCAGGGCUCAAAGAAUGAAAAGCACUAAUCUUUGAAAUUGUAUACACUUCAGCUUUAUGACAUCUACUUCUCGGAUGAGUGUAGCCGUACCAGAUACUAACGGACCAAAGAAACAAAAAACUAACAGAGAUUAUCCCCCCCCCCCACUCGACAUUAUUUCUUCUAUUGGAAGCUACUAAAGAUCCUGUGCUUACCUAGUUAGAAAACUCUAAGACAUUUUACCUUCACGGAAAUUAAAA